AUGACAAUAAAACAUACCUCUAACGGACCAGCAUACAUAUCUGCCUUUGCCCGGCCGCUUCGAAAUACAAAGGACGGCCCCAAGGCGAUUGGUUGUGACGCCUGCCUUGCUGGACAGGAACCUCCCCACGACCAGGAGAUUGACGAGUGCCACCCUCAUCCAGAGCCGGUCGACGCAGGCUUUUUCGACACCUUCAGCAGGUUGAAGCUCGACAGCAACAUGCCGAUGGGGGCUGAGAUGGAUACGGCGAUGGCCUUGAACGUCGCGGACCCGACAAGCGGCUUUCCUCUCCACCUCACUCAGCGGAUAGAGCUCAGUAGUCAGCAUGACGACUUCUUCCCUGGCGACGCCGCCGCCAUGUUGACACCGAGUGCCCCACAUUCUGCGGCUAUCUUCCCUUCGACCACGACAGUCACCGACGGCCAGACCGCCGCAGCGCCCGACGUCGGCGGCCCUCAUAACCAGAACACCGCCGGGCUCCGCAGUCACCGGGGCCUCGACGGAAGCCCCUCGAUGGAAGCCGACCCGUGCUCCCUCGGUCCCUUCCUCGUCCAGAACAUAUCCGUCGUGCGCAUCACGUUUUUGACUUCGAUCGCCAUGUUCGGCGGCCUCCCCAGCAAGAAGUGCACCCGGGCAGAGAAGAAAUGGCUCAGCAUCUGGGGCAGCAUGCCUCAGCUUACCGAGCCCCACAACCUCCCCCGCCGAAUUCGGUUGAGCACCAUUGACGUGUCCACCGUCAAGAAGCUAACAUUUUCUGGUAACGACGGCUUUGUGAUCCCCAACGGCGCCUCGGUGUUGUCCGACCCUAUCGACUUCCCGGUCAAGGCCCAGUCCAUCGUCUCCAUCGACAUUUAUCUCGAGAAGGGCCAGACCACCAACGAAAUCACCUCUCACCCAGGCAGCCGCACGACUUCGUGGUUCGUCAAAGGAAACGCGGUUGGCACGGAAAGUCUCGAGGGUGCGGCAAACGCCGCCCACUGGUACUUUAUCAGCAGCAUCGAAGGUCAGGUAAAGAGGGAUUCUUCUGCCGUCGUCAUCGUAGGCGACAGCAUCACGGACGGGAGGGGCUCGACGACGGACAAGAACGACCGAUGGCCGGACCAGCUACUCACACGCAUGAAGAAGGAUGGCGGUGAGACCCAGAACAUCGCCGUUAUCAACCAAGCUGCCGGUGGUAAUCGUGUUCUAGCGGAUGGCUUAGGUCCCAACGCGCUCGGCCGCAUCGACCGCGACGUGAUUGCCAUGCCGGGCACCAAAUACGCCAUUAUCUAUGAGGGAGUCAACGAUAUAGGCACCGCCGCAACGGACGAGGCCUCGCAGCAGGAAGUUGAAAACCGUCUAGUCGCUGCGUACGACCAAAUCAUCACCCGCCUGCACAGGUUCAACAUUGCGGUUUUCGGAGCGACCAUCACGCCCAUCCUCGGCGAACAGUCGCCCUACAACAACACCGUCAUGGAUGCCACCAGACAGCGCGUCAACGAAUGGAUCAGGACGAGUGGGCGAUUCGACGCCGUCAUCGACUUUGACGAGGCCGUGAGGGAUGCUGAGAACCCCGAGGUUCUGUCUGCUCAGUACGACUCGGGUGACGGCCUUCACCUAAGCCCAGCCGGCUAUAAGGCCAUGGCAGCCGCCGUAGACUUGAGCCUCUUCAAGAGAUACAAGAAUGGACCUUGA